CGCUCCGUCUGACCUCUCUCGAAGAAACCAUUUCAGUCACAACAGUGGAACACCGGUGAAACCGAAAGGGCAGUACCGCUAGCUAUCUAUCUAGCCCGGAACUAACACUGGUCAACCAGUGACAGUUUUUGAAAUGUUUUCCUUCUCAACUACAGUCCAACCGCAGGUGACUGUCCAUCUCAUCAAUGCUUUCCAUUCCCUGAAGGGUUCGGCGGCGGCCAGCCCAAAUCAGAAUCACAAGCGAGACACCAGUCCGGAAAAUGAUCAGCAAAACAGGGAGCCCACACUCAGCCUGAGGGACCUAGGUCUGGCUGACCUGAGAACAGAGCAGCUGGGCGAGCUGGUGGGCCGGCUGCUACCAUGCCUGAGCCACGCCCACAACCUCCACAGGCCCCUCCCCCAGCCGAGUGGGUGGAGGGCGUCCCACGUCUCCUCCAGCUCCUUCUUCCAGAAUAAACACGGGUUCUUAGAUAGGACAGCAGGUGUUCUGGGGGUCCCAGCAUUUUGCAGACAGAGGCCCUCUCCUGUACAGACCGUCUGCACAGAUCUUCAGUACCUGCCAGUGUUGAUCCAAGCCAGAGGCUUUAAAACCCUGAAAUCCAAGACCAGACGUCUGCAGUCCAGCAGCGAGCGCCCUGUGGAGUCAGAAGGCUAUACUCCAUCCUUUAUGAAGGGCCUCCUCACGAGGGAUAAGGUCCCGCACGUGGACUCUCUGGCCGAGCUGCUGAGGAAUAAGAACAUUCCGGAGGCCCAGCAUGACUCCUUCAAGACCGGCUUUCUGGAGGGCAUCAUGAGAUCCCAGGCCCACUCCCUGCGCUUACAAGAAACUUUCAGGAAGUCCCGGAUGAUUGUGUGGGUCCUCCUUAUCCUGGGCGUCUACGUCCUCUACAAAUACAGCUUUUUAUCGGUGCGGUUCCGGGCCCCCCCAGGCAUGGACAUGGCCAUGGACCCGGUCCAGAUUAAGAACGUGACCUUCGAGCAUGUGAAGGGCGUGGAGGAGGCCAAGAACGAGCUGCUGGAGGUGGUGGAGUUUCUCAAGAACCCUCAGAAGUUCACCGUUCUGGGAGGGAAACUGCCCAAAGGUGUGUUGCUGGUCGGCCCCCCGGGCACUGGUAAAACCCUGCUGGCGCGGGCAGUGGCCGGCGAGGCAGACGUGCCCUUCUUCUAUGCCUCUGGCUCAGAGUUCGAUGAGAUGUUCGUGGGUGUGGGGGCUAGCCGCAUCAGGAACCUCUUCAAGGAGGCCAAGGCCAACGCCCCCUGCGUGGUGUUCCUUGAUGAGCUGGACAGCGUGGGGGGGAAGAGGAUCGAGUCUCCCAUGCACCCCUACUCCAGACAGACCAUCAACCAGCUGCUGGCGGAGAUGGACGGGUUCAAACCCAAUGAAGGAGUCAUUGUCAUCGGUGCCACAAACUUCCCUGAAGCUCUGGAUAAUGCUUUGAUCCGACCUGGACGCUUCGACAUGCAAGUUGCAGUUCCCAGACCAGACGUGAAAGGGCGCACGGAGAUCCUCAAGUGGUACCUCAGAAAAAUUAAAGUAGACCCUGAUAUUCAGGCAGAGGUCAUCGCUAGGGGAACAGUGGGGUUCACCGGGGCGGAGCUGGAGAACCUGGUCAACCAGGCGGCUCUGAAGGCUGCAGUGGACGGCAAAGACAUCGUCUCCAUGACAGAGCUGGAGUUCGCCAAGGACAAGAUGCUCAUGGGUCCAGAGCGCCGGAGUGUGGAGAUAGAUGCGAAGAACAAGAAAAUAACCGCCUACCACGAGUCCGGCCACGCCAUCGUUGCGUACUACACCAAAGACGCCAUGCCCAUCAACAAAGCCACAAUCAUGCCACGGGGCGCUACUCUGGGUCAUGUGUCCAUGCUCCCAGAGAACGAUCGCUGGAGUGAGACACGCUCGCAGCUGCUGGCUCAGAUGGACGUGAGCAUGGGCGGGCGGGUCGCUGAGGAGCUUGUGUUUGGGGCAGAGAACAUCACCAGCGGUGCAUCCAGUGACUUUGACAAUGCCACAAAAAUAGCAAAAAUGAUGGUUACUCACUUCGGCAUGAGCGACAAGCUCGGCGUGAUGACGUAUAAUGACCUCUCCAAGCAGAGCCCAGAAACACAGGCUGCUAUCGAACAGGAAGUGAGGAUACUUCUGAGGGACUCAUACGAGCGCGCUAAAAACAUCCUGAAGACACACACCAAAGAGCACAAGAGCCUAGCGGAAGCCUUGCUGACCUACGAGACGCUGGACGCCAAGGAGAUCCAGAUGGUCGUUGAGGGAAAGACACUGGACUGCAGAUGAUGCGCUCCGCACCACCUAGGAUGUAAAUAAGCAGAAUUGUCAGGGAGGCCGGACAUCAAGCAGGAAAACAAACGCUUGUUUUUCCUUUCGCCCUGCUCAUGUACAGUGCACUUUCUCCCCGUCCGUUUAUCCUUGUUUCAUCGUGAAGGCCUUCCUCUUCCUCUCCUUGGCUUUCCCUUCCUCUCUCAGGGCCGUGGCCAUUUGCAUCGACACCCUCAGUCACCCCAUUUCUACCAUUCUUGCUUGGUUUGGACCUCCGUGGGAUCUGUUACUUGACCAGGUUCAGGAUCUGUGGCAUGAUCGGUGUGAUUCUUCCCUCACCAGACUUGUUCCUCAGUGUGCGCUUGACAUAUGCUGAGGAAUCCGGACUUUUCGCAUUGGCAUGCUAAUCCGUUCUAUGCCUUCUCGUGUAAUCUGUGGUUUGUGUGGGGCAGGUCGGAGGUGUGGUUCAAAGCAGCCUGUCAGAUCCUUGACUUCCUGUGCAUACAGGAAAUUAGACCAGUAAACUUGAAUGUAGAUUUCAGUUUCACACACGCACUUAAUGUAUUACAUAUGCUGUAUAAACCAUGAGGAGGACAUGGCUUGCAGUGUGUUGUACUGUGAUUUGUGUCAUAAUCUGACAUAAUACAGCUUUGUCCUGUAAAUGCCUCAUUUGCUGUAUAUUUGCUGUAAAUCUUCUGAUGUGUAUAUCUGAAGGAUUGAACCCACGUGCAUAAGUAGGGAUCUUCAACAUCACAAUGUACAGUGAAUAGAUAUUGUUUUGUGUGAUAAAGGCUUUUUUAAUGUGAGCUUGAGAGUAUAUACAGGUAUCAUUAUGGGUCAAAUAUUAUUUAAAAUCAUACUAUGGAAAAACAGUCAAGAGAUGUCAGAGGGGAAGACACUGGAAAUGGUGUUGUGUAAUCUCCAGUUGUAUGGCUCAUAAACAGUUUUCCCAGAAUGCUGUUUGUGAAGGACAGGGCUCCAACCAUGAUUUAUAAAUGCAUUAUAUCUGUCUAAUAUUUAUAAGGUUUGUGUUUGAGGUAGAUUCAGUAUGUGAAACACUAGAUUUAUUUUCCAGAGUACGGGAUAAUCUUUGCAGUGUCUCUUCUGCAGACUUCUUCAGCAAUACCUAGUUGCACCCCCCCUCUGUAUCAACAUAUUUUUUUUGUGCAAGUUAUUUGUGUAUGUUAUAAAAGUAUCAUUUAUGUAUAUUAUAAAGAAUCCCAAGUGUAUUGACCUAACUAUAGGUUUAAGCCAUAAUUUCUGCUAUUUAGCCAUGUUAAAUUUAGCUGUAGAAGGCAUGUGAGGGAUCAGUGUAUAAAUUGGUGACAAUGCAUUUGCCUGUGUAUGCAACAUUUGCUUUUUAAAUGGGCCUCCAUGCUUUUCCAUUUUUCAAAAUCGCCAAAAAAGAUGGACAAAUGUUUCUGAAGUUAAUAAAAUCUGAUUGACGUCU